UCCCACCCACCCCUUGUCCUAUCCAUCUCAACGCAAGGCUCUCUUGCAGUUCCUCUUCUAAACAAGGCGCGACGCACAUUACUCGACAUGGUCAGUUCUCUGCCAACCAACUCAGAGCUUUGUCCGUGACCCAUCUGGUUCCAUGACUGAUUUGGUGAAGGCACCGCCACCAACCCAUCAUGACCACAUCUUUAUUCCCUCCACUUUCCUCUUUUAAAUGUAGCUUCCAAGUUCUUCCCUCUUUGAACCCUUUAGUCCUUGGUUCACAGAGACACAUCUUCUCCAUGAAAGAAGUCCUCCCCCUCCCCCCAUGAAGGCAAAGUCCGCCAUCUUAAGUCGCCAAAAGAAAGGAGACACGACUUGUUCGAGGUUCCUUGCAAGGUGGCCGCUUCCGCUUCCUUGCCGGCGAGAGAAGCCGAGAAAACUGGCUGAGGCCCGGCAAGCGCAUUCGUUGAGGUGGACUUCGGCAACCAGCUAAUCAGAGCCAGAAUCAUUCCCACGGAUCUCAACCCCGUGUCGAGGUCUGCAUCCUUGUUGGAGAGAUAUCAACCCUUCCGCUGACACAAACUAAAACAUCGACCGAUACUGAAACCACCAGCGAUAGUCGUAGCAAGACUUCUGAAGAGGAAGCACAUCAGUUGUCGCCACAGCCAGGGGAAAUCCAACGAGCAGCGGAGCCGAGCAGCUGCGCCGGUGCUGGUUAUGGCAUCCCACCAGGUCCGACAUGGCCAGGCCCAGCCGAGCCGGGCAGAGGAGUACAAGCUCAAGCACACCAGCCCCCAGCUCGGCGAGCGUUGGCCUGCAGGGGCCCAUGGGAGGGGCGCCGGGUGGAUGAUGGGCCUCUGCGGCGACAAGUUCACGAGCACCUACGACCUUGUCGAGCAGAUGUACUGCCUCUACGUGCGCGUUGUCAAGGCCAAGGACCUCCCCACCAAUGCCAUCACCGGCAGCUGCGACCCCUACGCCGAGGUGAAGCUCGGCAACUACCGGGGCACCACCAAACACCUGGAGAAGAGGACCAAUCCUGAAUGGAACCAGGUGUUCGCUUUCUCCAAGGAGCGAAUCCAGUCGACAGCUCUCGAAGUAUUUGUCAAGGAUAGGGAGGUGGUGGCGAGGGACGACUACGUCGGCAAGGUGGUGUUUGAUCUGAAUGAAGUGCCGACCAGAGUCCCGCCGGACAGUCCUUUAGCCCCGCAGUGGUACCGGCUGGAGGAUCGCCGGGGGGACGCGAAGGUGAGAGGGGAGAUCAUGCUGGCCGUGUGGAUGGGGACGCAAGCCGACGAGGCCUUCCCGGAGGCGUGGCACGCCGACGCUGCCUCGGUCCACGGCGAGGGAGUCUUCAACAUCCGGUCGAAGGUCUACGUCUCUCCGAAGCUCUGGUACCUCCGAGUGAAUGUCAUCGAAGCUCAGGACGUGCAGCCCAACGGAAAAGGGCGGUUUCCGGAGGUGUUCAUCAAGGCUCAGGUCGGGAACCAGGUGCUUAAGACCAGAAUCUGCAGCGCGAGGACCUUGAGUCCGAUGUGGAACGAAGACUUGGUGUUCGUCGUGGCCGAGCCCUUCGAGGAGCAUCUGGUGCUCACCGUCGAGGACCGGGUGCAGCCGACGAAGGACGAGGUGCUCGGGAGGACUGCGCUGCCACUGACGCUGUUCGAGAAGCGGCUGGACCACCGGCCGGUGCACUCGCGGUGGUUCAAUCUGGAGAGGUUCGGCUUCACCGUGCUCGAAGGCCAGCAAUGGAAGGAGCUCAAGUUCUCGAGCAGGGUCCACCUCCGCGUCUGCCUCGAGGGAGCUUACCAUGUCAUGGACGAGUCCACCAUGUACAUCAGCGACACCCGGCCCACUGCCCGUCAGCUCUGGAAGCAGCCCAUCGGAGUUCUGGAGGUCGGCAUUCUCAGCGCCCAGGGACUGAUUCCGAUGAAGAUGAAGGAUGGCAGAGGCGCCAGCGACGCCUACUGCGUCGCAAAGUAUGGCCAGAAAUGGGUAAGAACUCGAACAAUUAUCGACUCAUUCAGUCCGAAAUGGAAUGAGCAGUACACAUGGGAGGUCUACGACCCCUGCACCGUGAUCACGCUCGGCGUGUUCGACAACUGCCAUCUCGGCGGCAACGACAAGCCUGCCGGAGGCGGCCCAGCUAAAGACCUGAGAAUCGGCAAGGUGAGGAUCCGGCUAUCGACGCUCGAAAUGGAUCGGAUAUACACCCAUGCAUAUCCUCUCAUCGUCUUGCAGCCGUCGGGGGUGAAGAAGAUGGGGGAGCUGCAGCUGGCGGUGCGGUUCACCUGCUUGUCUUUGGCCAACGUAAUCUAUCUCUACGGCCACACUUUGCUCCCCAAGAUGCAUUACAUUCACCCAUUCACCGGGAACCAGGUCGACAGCCUGCGGUACCAGGCGAUGAGCAUCGUCGCGGCGAGGCUCGGCCGGGCGGAGCCGCCCCUGAGGAAGGAGGUGGUGGAGUACAUGCUCGACGUGGACUCCCACAUGUGGAGCAUGAGGAGGAGCAAGGCCAACUUCUUUCGGAUCAUGUCGCUGCUCUCAGGGACCCUCGGUACGUGCCGCUGGUUCGACGGCGUUUGCCAUUGGAAAAAUCCGAUCACGACCAUACUAGUCCAUGUCCUGUUCCUGAUACUGAUCUGCUACCCGGAGCUGAUCCUGCCGAUGAUGUUGCUCUACAUGUUUGUGAUUGGGCUGUGGAAUUAUAGGUUCAGGCCGAGGCACCCGCGGCACAUGGACACGAAGCUCUCAUGGGCGGAGGCGAUACAUCCGGACGAGCUCGAUGAGGAGUUCGACACGUUUCCGACGUCGAAGCCGCAUGAUUUGGUCCGGAUGAGGUAUGACAGGCUUCGGAGCGUGGCGGGGAGGAUACAGACGGUGGCGGGGGACAUGGCGACGCAAGGGGAGAGGUUUCAGUCUCUGUUGAGCUGGAGAGACCCGAGGGCAACCGGCCUGUUCGUGAUGUUCUGCCUAGUUGCAGCUGUGGUGCUGUAUGCGACUCCAUUCAGGGUGAUAGCUCUGGUCGCAGGACUGCAUACGCUGCGCCACCCCCGGUUCAGGAGCAAGCUGCCGUCAGUGACGAGCAAUUUCUUCAAGAGACUGCCGUCCCGGAUUGAUAGCAUGCUCUGAAGGCUGAAGCUGCGAUGGUUGGAAACAUCAUGAGGGAAUUCCACGAUUUCUUGUAGCUUUUGGCAUUUGUUGAAGUAUCCUGCUUUUUGCGAGAUGUUUUUAGUCAUGAGUCCAGGUCUCUUGUUUUGUUCGUUUUGGAUGGUGAGGCGAGCGAGGCAUGUAUGCAACUCCCAAAGUCCUUUCGUUUCGCGUUUUUGAUAUGAUGCGUUUUGAGCUUUCUUUUUUAUUUUUUUUAACUCCCUCCCCGGCUUUACGAGAAAACCUACCAAAACAUCGUUUAUAGGCUAAGUUGCAGGCUACCAUCAAAUCUUAGAAGUACUUAAGGCAAAUGAACGUGAAACUUAUGUGGAGAAAAUUUAAAUUGGCUGGCUGAAGAUGGUUGGAUGAAAGGGAUGACGGGUCACACGUUAAGUAUUAGAGCGAUAUUUCACCGGUUUGUUUAAAAGAAACUUGCAAUUCUCCAAAAUUCAAUCAUCAAAUGUAUCACAAAAUAUGAUAAUUUUAAUUCUCAUUCUAAUCCAAUUCUAAUUGCAAAUGAAACAUAUUGUUAACGUAAUUUCAAAAGUAAUAAUGUAUUGUCACUGCCAAAAUAAAGAAUUGUGAUAAUUUCUUGACUGCAUCACGUAGCAUCAUCCAUGAUUUAAGAUCAGGCUGCUGAACUUUGGCCGCACAAAUUUAGCAAAAACAACUCCUUUAUGCAGAUUCCAAAUGAAACUAUUUUCAUAGUGCUGAAAGAGUCAUUCUUAAAGAAGGUAAGAAAUAACAUGGGAUCUAUUUAUAAUGCAGAUAUAACCAAAUAGUCCGACCCACCAAAUAAGACCUGAGUAAACAUCCCUCAUGCAUGACAAACCAAACAUAAUAAAAAGAAAAAA